CGCGCAGGCUCACUCCACUUCUUCCCAUCUGAAUUUUUCAAAAUGGCGGCGUGUUUGUGAAGCUUCAUGAACACAGCCGGUUGUAGUGUAAGAUAACUUAAAAUGGAUAAGAAGAAAAAACAAUAUAAAGUCACAGCUUCGUCACUGGUUGAUUUGAAAGCAGAGCUUUAUAGGAAGCAAGAGGCAUUCAAGCAGGAAAAACUUGCUCAGGAUGCAGGCACUACAUCCAAAUCACACAUCCAUACAAAGAAACCGAGUGUAUGGAGUAAACAGAACCAAGGAGUGACUGCACGUGCUCAGAAAGAUGUCGAGAAAACAGCAGAGGAGGAACAAAACUUAGACAAAUCAAGGCAGAAGCUGGAGGAGAAAGCACGCCUCUAUGAACAGAUGACUAAAGGAGAUUUUCCAGAUGAGGAGACAGAAAGUCUGUACCUGGUGGACUUCACGCAGAAGAUAAUAGAGCAGAAGAGAAUGGCACAAAGCAGAGAGGCUGAAACAGGAGACAGAGAUGGAGAAGGAUCGGACACGCAAGUCCCCGUCCCACCCCCACAGAGCGCCGACGAGGAAUGGGUGGACUAUGUUGAUGCGCUGGGCCGAUCAAGGAAGUGUUUAAGAAAAGAUUUACCUCAGUUUCAGAAAAUGGACCAAGAUUUACAGGGCAAGCGAGUGGUCGGAGCUGACAGGACAUUGUUGUCUGAAGACAUGAGGCGAGAGAUGCAGAGAGAGCAGUGGGAGAGGGAGGAAGAAGAACAGAUGAAGAGACCUGUAGGACCCAUUCACUAUGAAAACAUCCGAGAUCAAGAGGCCAGAGAGCUGGGUGUUGGGUAUUAUGCUUUUUCUCAAGAGGAAGACCAGCGCAAAAAGCAAAGGGAAACUCUGGAUAUGCUGAGAGACCAGACCGCAGAUCAACGCACAAAGCGAGAGCAACUGAAGGAGAAACGGAAAGCUCUGCUCGAGGCUCGACUGGCUAAAGUGAAAAUGAGGAAGAUGAAGAAAAGCAAGAUGGAGCCAGGAGCUGAGGAGGAAGAAGCUCCCGUGCCUGAUGGAGCCGUUAAAGAGGCUGAGGACGAGCCUGAGGAUGUGAUCGGACCUCCACCUCCUGCUGAAGCUGCAGUCAAAAAGGUGGAGGUUGAAAUUCAGGAGAGAAAAGACUCGAGACCGGGAGUGCCACACGUCAGAGAGUGGGACAGAGGAAAAGAGUUCUCUUGGGGUCAGUGGACGACUCGGAGACGGGAGGAGAGGGAUACUGAGUUUGCCCCGCCCUCUUCGUACUUCGGAGACCAGAGACCAGCCGGUCGUGGCAGGUCUACGCAGGAAGGGUGGGGCAAAGGGAAACCUACUUUCAAAUGGUCUGAGGCGCACAGGGGAUCAGAUCAGGAUGGCACAGAAAGACAAACUCAAAACACACGCACAUGUUUUACAAACCAGUCCUCAUUCUCACAGCCUCAGCAAACAUCACAAGCACCAUCUGCACAUACUCACGAUCUGGACGCCCUUUUAUCCUUCUACAAAAAUUCUGUUUAAACUUUAAACCCAGUCUAAUCCUUAUUACGCAGUCUCGGUUUUGAUUCGAGUCACAUUUAUUCACUUGACUAAACUCCACCAGACUCCUUUCUUAAAAUAAGACUGAAUGAACUGUUUUCAUUCUGUUUUGGUGGAUCUCUGCAAUUUUAGAUGUUUUUAGAUCUGGACCUCACUGCCAGGCUAAAACUAUAAGUAAGCAAAUAAGCAUUUUUAUUGACGCAUUUAUGAUUGGUUUUGAAUCCUAAAUGUCUUUCAUCUGUGAAUAAAAGACGAAUGGCUCUUGUAUAAUAUGUA